AUGGCUGCUGUGGUGACACCAUUCCAAAGACUUAAAUGGGGUAUUUUCCCAGUGAGAAGAAUCGUAGAUGAAGACGAACAUGGGAACUUCUUAGACCUUGACGAUCCUGACUUAUCCACCCCCACAGGUGAAGGAGGAAGUAUCGAAAAGACUGAUUCCAAAUUGGAAGUUGCACAUUCAAUUUCCAGUCCCAAGCAACAAGAAUCACUUAUUGAGUAUCGUGAUGAAAAGAAUCGUCCAUGGUGGAAGUUUUUCGAUGAAUAUGAGUAUCGAGUAACCACUCAGUCGAAGAAGAGUAGGAAAUGGUACAAAUGGUUCCAUGACGAGGACACGCCGGAAGAAAAGAAGGUUAUCACGAAAAUUGACAUCUUGUUGACAUUCUACUCCCUCAUGGCCUAUUGGGUCAAAUAUUUAGACCAGACAAACUUGACUAAUGCCUAUAUCGGUGGCAUAAAAGAAUCCAUUGGGAUGGAAGGUAAUGACUUCGUCAACACCCAGGUAAUGUUUACAGUGGGUAACAUUGUGUUUCAGAUUCCCUUCAUGUACGUGUUGUAUGCCCUCCCAUUAAACUACGUG